GACAACGCAGCGGCGACAAAAAAACACACAAUGGCGACGGCGGCGACUACGGCAGGCGGAACGGGCUCGGGCGGACCGGCUACCGGCCCGGUCGGUGGUGGUGGAGGAACCGCAGUGGGACGAAAAAAAGACGGCGGACCUUCUACUAAAUUCUGGGAGAGUUCAGAGACGAUAUCGCAGCUGGAGACGGUGCGGCUAUGGAUCGGAAAGCACUACAAGAAGUAUGUCCAGAAUGACUCCCCCUCCAGUAAAUCCUUGGCAGGCCUUGUGGUCCAGCUGCUGCAGUUCCAGGAGGAUGCUUUUGGACGCAGGGUUAACAAUCCUGCUCUUACCAAACUACCUGCCAAGUGUUUCCUGGAUUUCAAGGCUGGAGGAGCUCUCUGUCACAUCCUGGGGUCGGUCUACAAGUUUAAGAGCGAGCAGGGCUGGCGUCGGUUCGACCUGCAGAAUCCGUCCCGGAUGGACAGGAACGUGGAAAUGUUCUUAAAUGUAGAGAAGAAUUUGGUGCAGAAUAACUGCCUGACUCGACCCACUGUCUUCCUGUCGCCGGACAUCGACCAGAAACAAGCCAGUAAGCUCAAAGACACCAUCAAAAGGCACCAGGGCUCCAUCACUGAUGAUAAAUCAAAGGCCACCCACCACAUUUAUCCCUCUCCAUCGCAACAAGAAGAAGAGGAGUGGCUGCGUCCUGUCUUGAGAAAAGACAAACAGGUGUUGGUGCACUGGGGUCUCUACCCAGACAGCUACGAUACCUGGGUAUCAGUCAACGAGGUGGAUGGUGAUGUGGAGGAUCCUCCCAGCUCUGACAGGCCCUGGAAGGUCCAUGCCAAGUGGGUUUUAGAUACUGAUGCCUUCAACGAGUGGAUGAAUGAAGAAGACUACGAGGUGGACGAGAACAAGAAACCAGUCUGCUUCCGCCAGAGAGUCUACCCCAAGGAGGAAGAGUCUUCCCGUACGCCCGAUCGCAAGGAGCGCAAGGCCAACUCUGCCGGCAAGAAGAGGAGACGCUCGCCCUCGCCGCCCAGCACUCCCGCCGAGUCCCGCAAGAAGGGAGGAAAGAAGGGGAACCCGGGGCCUCACUGGAAGCGACGGGGCCACAGAGGCGAAGAGGAGGACACGGAGGAGGACAUGACUAAGGACAUGGACGACUCUUCGGCCGGUGCCAGUAUGGAAGAGGGCAGCAUGUCCAAAAAUGAUGACAUGGAGGACGACUCUGUGCUGUCUGGUGGAAAGGAUGACGAGGAUCAGGGCAAAGCUGAAGUAAACCGACUGAUAGACGCCAGCGAAGACAACGUGACCGAACAGACGCACCACAUCAUCAUCCCCAGCUACAGCUCUUGGUUUGACUACAACUGCAUCCAUGAAAUUGAGAGAAGAGCCCUGCCUGAGUUCUUCAACGGAAAAAACAAGUCCAAAACUCCAGAGAUAUACCUGGCGUACCGCAACUUCAUGAUCGACACGUAUCGGCUAAACCCUCAAGAGUAUCUCACCUCCACUUCCUGCCGCAGGAACUUGACCGGAGAUGUCUGCGCUAUCAUGAGGGUCCAUGCAUUCUUGGAGCAAUGGGGUUUGGUGAACUAUCAGGUUGAUUCAGACAGUCGCCCACUGCCCAUGGGCCCCCCACCCACACCCCACUUCACGGUGCUGGCUGACACACCCUCAGGCCUCAUGCCCCUGAACCACCGACCUCCACCGAUCCCCCCUCCACAGCAGAUGCCCAACUUCCCAGACAAAGGCAAAGACAAGGCCAUGGCCAUCGACCUGCAAAACUUCGGCCUUCGGACUGACCUUUACAACAAGAAAAAGGCUAAAGCCGUGACCUCCACCAGGGAAUGGACCGAGCAGGAGACUCUACUGCUACUGGAGGCUCUUGAGAUGUUCAAAGACGACUGGAACAAAGUGUCGGAGCACGUUGGUUCACGCACCCAAGACGAGUGUAUCCUGCACUUCCUGCGGCUCCCCAUCGAAGAUCCAUACCUGGAGAACACAGAGUCCUCUCUGGGCCCUCUUGCCUACCAGCCCAUACCCUUCAGCCAGUCUGGAAACCCCGUCAUGAGCACUGUUGCCUUCCUUGCCUCUGUGGUCGACCCCAGAGUGGCUUCUGCUGCUGCCAGGGCAGCCUUAGAGGAGUUCUCCCGUGUGCGUGAAGAGGUGCCAGCUGAACUGGUGGAGGCCCACGUGAAAAAGGUACAGGAGGCAGCCAGGAGCACGGGCAAGGUAGACCCCGCCUUCGGCCUGGAGAGCAGCGGCAUCGCUGGCACCGCCCCAGAUGAGCCUGAAAAAACAGAAACCACAGAACCAGAAAAGGUGGACACGGACACAGACUCCCAGCAGGGUGACAAGGCGGAGUUGAAGGACGAGGCCGAGAAGCCCAGUGAGUCCGCAGAGAAGAGCGACAAGACAGAGACCACGGAGAAAGUAAAGAAGGAAGGAGCGGAGACGUCGGAGCGUGAGGAGGAGAGCGAAGAGGGAGGAGAGGCGAAGACCACUCCAGCAGAAAAAGACAAGGAGGAAGCAAUGGAGACGUCGUCCUCGGAUCAGGAGAAAGAUAAGGAGGAGAAGGCAGCUACAGAGGAGGGAGAGGAGAAGAGGAAGAAGCUGGAGCAUGACAUCGGAGAGGGUAACAUCGCAACUGCGGCCGCCGCUGCCCUCGCAUCUGCUGCCACAAAAGCUAAGCACUUGGCAGCGGUGGAGGAGAGGAAGAUCAAGUCCCUGGUCGCUCUGCUGGUGGAGACCCAGAUGAAGAAGCUGGAGAUCAAGCUGAGGCACUUCGAAGAGCUCGAGACCAUCAUGGACCGAGAGAAAGAGGCUUUGGAGCUUCAGAGGCAGCAGCUGCUCACCGAGCGUCAGGCGUUCCACAUGGAGCAGCUCAAAUACGCCGAGAUGAAGGCGAGGCAGCAGAUGGAGCAGCAAGCUGCCGCCGUUGCUGCCGCCGCCGCUCAGGCUCAAGGACAGGGACAGGCUUCGGGUCCUGGACCCCACUCAGGGCCUCCUCCUUCAGGCAUGCACCACGGAGGACCUCCACCUCACCACGGAGGACCACCACCUCACCAUGGAGCACCCACGCCCCACCACGGAGGGCCCCCAACUGGUGCUGCCAUGCACCCUGGCUACCCUCCGAUGGGUCACCACCCCAUGGCUCCUCACCACCCAGGACAGACAGGACCAAUGGGACCAAGCCAGCCGAUGCCAACCCGUAUGAUACCUGGCCCGCCCUCUGCUGGCCCCCCUCCUGGCGGUAUGCCUCCCAUGAUGCCUCCACGCCACCCUGGAGCUCCCAACGGCAUGUACCCAGGCCCACCACCUGCACAGCCUGAAGCGGUACCUGCAGUUCCCAUUGUUGGUCCUCCGGCGCCUACGAGUGGACGCGUGGCUGACAACUAAGACCUACACACACAAAAGCACACACAAACACACACACGCACAGAAAACUAACUCUGUCUCUGAACCUCAGCCCCCUUUUUUUGAUGGCCUUUGCAACUGGCUCGGUAUUUCCCCCCACAACACCCAAAACUACCAUAAAUUUCAUCACAACAUACAAACACACACACUCAAGGUUCAGUGGCAAGGGUGACCCAGUUUUUUCCAAACACACACACACACACACACACACACAUACACACACACACACACACACAUCCAGACUUCCUCUCAGGGCACAGCGGCAAGGUUCGUCUAGUAAUAAACACUGUUUUUCUGCUCUGUUGGGCCAGAUGGAGGCUGGAGUGAAUGACUGUGUACAGAAAACAAAACAAGGAGACAGAACAGAUGAAAAAGCUCCGUCUGUGUCUCACCUUUUCUCUUUUCAAUGCUGUUUUAAAUGACACUGUAAAAAAAACCCCUCCCCUUCCCCCUCCCGUCUCUUAACACAAAAACACACACAUACAUAUACACGUACUUCUUCCUGUCUGGUGCCUCUUUACUCCAAGCCAAACACCAGGGGGAGCUAGUGACACCAGAGAACCCCCCCCCCCCCCUCACACACCUGGGGGUGAGUGUGUGUGUGUGUGUGUGUGUGUGUGUGUGUGUGUGUGUGUGUGUGUGUGUGUGUGUGUGUG